UGGAUUCUUUGCUUGCACCCAUCACCUAUACAGACAAACAAGUCAUUCCCGCCCUCUUCUUUCGUCUUUCUUUAUAUACUAGAUUGAAUUUGUUUGCUCAUAUUGACAAAGAUGGGUCUGGUCACGAGCUUAGCGGCAAAAGGAUUAUCAACAACACAGGUUAUUAAUAAAGCGACAGGAAAAUUCAACGAGUUGUUCCUGGGUGAAAAUAAGAGAAAUCUUGAUAAUUUAGACGACUUCCAUCUUGCAAUUCUUGACAUGUUUGUCACUGUGAAUGGUGCAUUGCCUGGCAAGCACUGGGUUGUGCCUCCGUUUGAAAAAAUUAAGGAAUGUUUUGAGGAAAGAGAAAAGGCAGUAGAUGAAGAAAGAAAGAAGACGGUUGUGGUAGAGUUCCUGAAGAAGUAUAUACAACCAAACAAGGCAGAUAAUACAUUGCUCUUCAUUGGGCUGGCAACACCCCCUGCAGCAAUGGCAGUCAAGAAAACCGGUGAAUCUGUGCCUCAGCUCAAAUUAUUAAAACGCAUUCCAGACGUUGUGUUUGUUCCUGCUGCUACAUUGCUGACUCUUGUUUCAGUUAAGAUUACCAGAAGUUUAUUGCUCCAACGUGCAGCAUCUGAAGAUCAUCUAGUUGCAAAAAAAAAUAUAGGAACAUCGGAUUCAGGAUGAAAAUUUACAGUUUGUGCACAAGAUUGUAUGUAUUCACAUUCCAUGUAUACUAACUAACUUGCAACAAGGAACUAAAGCAUUCAGAUGCUGAAACUUUAGCCAAUUUUAAUACGUGUUUCAGUUCUUUAUGAUUGAGUGUAUGUAUGAAAAAAUUGAAAGAUUGUUAAAUGAGUUUGUUAGUUUUGCUGUGAAA